AUGCAGUGUAGGGCAAUGCAUAUCACAAUCUUUCUCCUUCUUCUCUUCAUCUCAACUUCAUUUGCAGCGACAGAUACACUUUCAGAAGGUUCGUCACUUUCAGUAGAGAAACAAAGUGACAUCCUCGUUUCAUCCAAUGGCGAUUUUUCAGCUAGCUUCUUCCAAGUUGGUGAGAACGCCUUCUGCUUCUCCGUUUGCUUCACGCGCUCCAAACGACCCACCGUUUUAUGGAUGGCCAACCGUGACGAACCCGUAAACGGCAAAGGCUCCUUCCUCUCACUCUGGAAAGACGGCAACCUCGUUUUGACGGAUGCCGGAGGAACCGUUAUGUGGUCAACCGCCACUUCCUUCCCCUCCGAACUUCAUCUAAAGCUAAGAAACAACGGAAACCUCGUUCUCCUCACUUCCCAAGGCACCAUCAUUUGGCAAAGCUUCGAAUCCCCAACGGACACACUUCUUCCAACGCAACCACUCACGGAGCAAGUGAGCCUCGUUUCUUCUAGAAGUGCAACGAACCAUUCCUCCGGAUUCUACAAACUUUACUUCGACAACGACAACGUUCUUCGCUUACUCUACAAAGGUACCACGUUUUCCAGCGUGUACUGGCCAGCCCCGUGGCAGCUUCCAAUUGACAUAGGCAGAUCCACCUACAAUGUAACCAAAACCGCUUUGUUGGAUUCCUUCGGACUCUUCACUUCCUCUGAUGGGUUUCAAUUCCGCUCCACCGAUUAUCCCAAAAAAGUGUACAGAAGACUGAAGAUGGAUUCUGACGGUAACUUGCGUUUGUAUAGCUUCAUCGAGGAGAGUAAGACGUGGGAGGUGACGUGGCAACUCCUUUCCCAACCAUGUACCGUUCAUGGCAUUUGUGGACCUAACAGCAUGUGCAAUCAUGAUCCUGUUAUUGGCAGGAGUUGCUUUUGCUUGAAAGGGUUUAAGGUAAAGGAUCCUAAUGACUGGACUCUGGGGUGUGAGCCUGAGUUUCCUUCUUCUGAUUUUUCUUGCAACAGUGCUGAGUCUUUGGGUUUUCUCCAUCUUCGAACCUCGGAAUGGUAUGGCUAUGACUGGAACGUGACACGCGUUUCGAGCUUAAAGGAAUGCCAGAAUCUAUGUCUGGCGCUUUGUGAUAAAUGUGUAGGUGUCCAAUUCAAGUUCAACGAGGUUUCUACCUAUAAUUGUUUCCUGAAAACGAUGGCAUUCAAUGGACGGGAUACUCCUAAUUUCGAUGGAGAGAUUUAUCUAAAGUUGCCGAAUGCAAUUUUGAGCUCAUCCACGAAGACUCUUAAGCAUUCCCUGAUGAAUUGCCCCGUUGGUUUGUCUCACCCGUUGAAGAGAUUUUAUCAAGCGCCAGGAAAAAACUCCACUCUGAGUUUCUUGGUUUGGUUCGCUUGCGGGUUCGGGCUGUUUGAGUUUUCCGCCAUUUUCCUCGUGUGGUUCUUCUUGUUCAGAACUAGCAAGCACCCUGCUGACACGCUGGAUCAACAACGACACCUUCUUUCCGCGACAGUGUUUCAAAGGUUCACCUACGCAGAGCUAAAAACCGCAACAAAAGGGUUCAAAGAAGAGGUUGGGCAAGGAGCAGGAGGGGUUGUUUACAAAGGGACAUUACAUGAUAACCGUGUUGCGGCUAUUAAACGCUUAAACGAAGCUACUCAAGUAGAAGCUGAAUUUUUGGCUGAAAUGAGCACAAUUGGCAUGCUGAACCACAUGAAUUUGAUCGACAUGUGGGGGUAUUGCGUUGAAGGGAAGCACAGGCUUUUGGUUUAUGAGUACAUGGAACAUGGAUCUUUAGCGGACAAUCUCUUUACUAAUGCCCUUGAUUGGAAGAAAAGGUUCAACGUUGCUGUGGGCACAGCGAAAGGUUUGGCUUACUUACACGAAGAGUGUUUGGAGUGGAUUUUGCAUUGCGAUGUGAAGCCUCAAAACAUUCUCCUUGACUCAGAUUUCCAUCCAAAGGUAGCAGAUUUUGGGUUGUCAAAACUUUUAAACAGAGACGAGCGUGGAAAUUCUAGUUUUUCACGAAUAAGAGGGACUCGAGGGUACAUGGCUCCAGAGUGGGUUUACAAUCUUCGCAUUACUGCUAAGGUGGAUGUUUACAGCUACGGGAUCGUGGUGUUGGAAAUGGUGAGUGGAAGAAGCCCUAUGGAAAUCCAGAGUCUUGAGAACAGCAGGGGCAUAGAGCAGCAUCGGCUGGUGACGUGGAUAAGGGACAAGAUAAAGCAUGCAACCACGCGUGAGUUUUGGAUUGAGGAGAUCAUUGAUCCCAGCUUGGAAGGAAACUACGACGUUUCACAGGUAGAGGCUUUGGUUAAGGUGGCUUUGCAGUGUGUGAAAGAUGACAUGAAUGAAAGACCAUCCAUGAGCCAGGUUGCAGAGAUGCUUCAGUCCCAUCAACAUAAACUCCUCCCUCUUUAG